UUUUUUUUCUUCUCUCUUUAUUGGUUCCUAUUCUUUUAUACACAACAAAAAGGGAAGGCAAGAAUGGAUCCAACAGGAACAAUAACUGUAACGGAAGAAAAGAUAUCCCAGGACAAUACCCCCAUAUCUAGAGAAACAUUAUAUAUUGAGAAAGACAAUGUUAAAAGUGAGGAAGCACUUUCAUAUGAAGAACGAAAACGAUUAUCUCCAGGUAUUUUACUUUACUGUAUCAUUGGGACUUAAACUGUUUUUUUUUUGAAUGUAUAGCUUGUGUAUGGUUUCCUUUAUAGCAGCUUUUGACAAUAUGACAGUAUCCAGCAAUACCCCUCUUGUAGCUUCCGAAUUCAAUGCCUUUAAUCUUUACAGCUGGGUGAACACUGCUUUUUUGUUAACUGCUUCUGCUUGCCAACCUAUUUAUGGAAAAUGUGUGGAUGCUUUUGGACGACGAAUUUGUUUCUUAUGUGCAAUAUUUAGUUAUUUGAUUGGUAGUAUUCUCUGUGGUUCCGCUCAAUCCAUGUUAAUGUUCAUUAUUGCCCGUGCUUUUUGUGGUAUUGGUAUUGGUGCUUUUGAUAGUCUAAUGAAAAUCAUUGUUGCUGAUUAUAUUCCUGUCCGAUACAUUGGCUAUUAUCAAUCAAUGCUUGGUAUCUCUUGGGGAUUAGGCUAUGUUGUGGGUGCAUUAUUGGGUGGAUUUGCAGUAGAACGAACAAGUUGGCGAACAGUGUUUUGGAUGUCAGCAGGUUUAUGCGCAGUAGCUCUGAUAAUGGUAUAUGCCUUUGUAGAAGCUCCUCGAAAUAAGGUACAUUUCUCACAAGAACUCAAAAGGAUUGAUUUUCAAGGUAUUAUUCUCUGGGGUGUGGCUGUUGUAUGCCUUGUACUUGGGCUUAGUUGGGGUGGAACUACAUAUGCAUGGAAUUCUACUGUCAUCAUCACGUUAUUAUGUGUUUCAGUGGGUACACUGGUAAUCUUCAGUAUAUGGGAACGACGUUUUGCACCUUAUCCAAUGAUCCCGAAACGUAUCUUUGCCAAUCGUAGCAGUAUCUUGAUUCUUGUGGCUGCGUUUUUGUAUGGUGGGUGUUUCCAAUCCUUGAUGACUUAUGUACCGAUGUAUUUGACAGUGAUUCGACGUGAAGAUGGUAUGACCACCAACCUGGAACUCUUAUGUUUGGUCUUGUUUGCAUGUAUUUCCAAUGUGAUUACAGGUGUAGUGAUAGUCAAAUCUGGACAAUACGUAUGGGCCAUUCGUAUAGCAUUGGCAAUCUUGACUUUGGCAUGCGGCUUGAUGCAACUUUUAGGACGAGAUUCAUCGGUGGGAUUGAUUGUUGGUUUGAUGGUGGUUGCUGGGAUUGGAUCAGGUGGGAUGAUCAAUUCUGAAAUCAUUGCGGCUCAAGGCUCCGUGGUUAUUGAACAGUAAGUGAUUUAGACAUAGAAAGAUGGAAUUUAAGGUUAAUACAUGUAUUGUCCUUUUCUUUUUUUUUUUUCUGAUUGUAGUGUACCAGUCAUAGUGACAUUCAUGACCUUUUGUGAUCAAGUGGGUGGUAUUACUGGGAUAA